UUUGGGUAGAAAAGGGUUAACGAGUUACCCAAGCCUUUGGAAAGACGCUGUCCGGGGCAUAUAAAUCCCCCCCUUACACAAACACACCGGCCUCUGCUCGGACCGCGGAUAGUAAUGCAGCCUGCUCGACUUUUCCUUCUCCCACGCCACACACCGACGUCUGGAUAACGGUCAGCCGCGGCGAGACCCCCCGGUGUCCGCGGCUCGUUAACGGACAGCUCCUUCUUUCCUCCCCCUGUCACCGCCAAGACUUUCAGCCCGGACAUGCAAGGAUGUACAGGGGUAUAAGAAGCACCGGCAGCGGUCAGCGGGCAGGGUCGAUGCGGUUAUCCGUCAUAAAGUAAGACACCAGCGGCAGGACGGCGGCGCGCGCGGACCCUGGUGGGGUUUUCGACUCGGCUUCUCGUCGUUUCCAGAGACUCAGAAUGAGGAAACCCAAAGUCAUCCGGAUGGUUUUUGCCCUGAGUCUGGGCUGUUUCAUUAUGGUCAUCUUCUACUUUAACAGCAGCUUGAAACCAGCGUCCGAGACGGUUGGGGAACGCAGCAGUGGACAGAAGUCUAGGAGGAGUCCUCUGCAGACGCUCUACGACGGUGACCAGGUUGAGUCUGCGGUGCAGGCGAUCCAUCAGGGCCGACGGGAGCUGUUGGAAGAGGCCUGUCGCUCCUACACCCGUAAGCGCAGAGUCCUGAUCCCCGAGGACCUCAAGCACGUCAUCGUGGACGACCAACACGGCCUCUUGUACUGCUACGUCCCCAAAGUGGCCUGCACCAACUGGAAGCGGGUGCUUAUGGUACUGACGGGCGUUGCCGGUUCCCACCGGGACCCGCUGGAGAUCCCUGCCAAUGAGGCCCACGUCCCAGGGAACCUCCGCACCCUUUCGGAGUACUCCACCUCCCAGAUCAACCAGCGCCUGCGCUCCUACCUGAAGUUUGUCUUCGUGCGGGAGCCCUUCGAGCGGCUGGUGUCUGCGUACCGCAACAAAUUCACACGGAGCUACAACACGGCUUUUCAUAAACGAUACGGCACAAAGAUAGUCCAGCGGCACCGGUCCAACCCCCAGCCUGAAGCUCUGGAGAGGGGGAACGACGUGUCCUUCGAGGAGUUCGUGUACUACCUGGUGGAUCCAGCCACGCAGCGAGAAGAGCCCUUCAAUGAGCACUGGGAGCGCGUGCACUCGCUGUGCCACCCCUGCCUCAUCCACUACGACGUGGUGGGCAAGUACGAGACGCUGGAGCAGGACUCCCGCUACGUUCUUCAACUGGCUGGUGUCGAAGACCAGGUCAGCUUCCCCUCGUCGUCCAAGAGCACCAGGACGACGGGGGACAUGGCAGCACAGUUCUUCCACAACAUCAGCCCCUUCUACCAGAAGAAGCUCUACAACCUGUACCGCAUGGACUUCCUGCUUUUUAACUAUUCGUUGCCAGCUUAUCUUAAGUUCAGAUAAGGCUGGAACAUCACUCAUUCACUGACCGACAGAGCUCGGACUCGUAAGAUUUAAUUGUGGAGACAAUUGCAAAUACUGCCUUAAAAACAUCAAAACCCAAUCCUGCAGCACAUGGAUUUGUCGAACA